GCUUCUUUCAUUUUUUUGCAGGGACAAAAAAAAAGAGAGAGAGGAGACGAUGAAGGUUAUUGCGGCGUACCUCCUUGCCAAACUCGGCCGAAAUGAGAAUCCAUCCGUCGCUGAUCUGAAGAAGAUCUUUGAAUCCGUUGGUGCAGAGAUCGACCAAGAGAAGACAGAUCUGUUCUUCUCUCUUAUCAAAGAUCGCGAUGUCACUGAGCUUAUCGCUGCUGGACGAGAGAAGAUGGCGGCUCUAUCUUCCGGUGGUCCUGCGGUUGCGGCUCCUUCUGGAGGAGGCGGUGGUGCUGCUCCAGCCUCUGAGCCUGCGGCUGAGAGUAAGAAGAAGGAAGAGGAGAAAGAGGAAUCAGAAGACGACGGUGGAAUGAUGAGUCUCUUCGAUUGAUCGUAGCUUGUGAUGAUGGUAGAAUGUUUCGAUCUGCCGUAUUAUCUUAUCGUGGUUUAUGUCUUUUUUUCUUAAUUAGGGUUUCUGGAUUUUUGUGGUUUCCUUUGAUUAUUAUCGUCUUUGGUUACUUGAGUUUGGUGCGAAUAAACUAUUUUGUUUCUGAUUAGAUUGUUUUGCUCUUUUGAACGUUUAUGCAUUUUACAGUGGAUGAUCAAAAAGACAUUUUCCAUUGAGUUCAUA